AUGGAAUCAUCAACAACCAUGGACGAUGAUCCAUUCCAAAAGAUACAUUUGCAUAUGCAGUCAAUCUGUACAGCCGGGUUCAAUCGUAUGUACCAGCUAUGGAGCGAAAUGUUCGACAAGAACCUGUGCUUGGAUUACACGGAACGGUUGCCGGAUCAUAUGACGUCAUUUUUCGAUGAAGUGUAUGAAGAAAGCUUUCAGCGCAAGCAGCGCUUCGUGUUGGAAAUAGCACAGCUGGAGCAGGAAGCGCAAAAUUUGCAGCGCCUUCUUGGUGAAAAACACCCUUGUUUGCCUCCCGGCACUGAAACUAGGCCUCUGCUAGACCAACGCACGGCACUCGAUGCGAGUCUCGAGCAGAUGAGACGGAAGCUAAACGAACGGCACGAAACUAUCGAUGAGUAUAUGCUCGAGAUGGAAACGUUGUGUGAAGAACUUAGUGAAGAACCACAAAUGCUGUCGAAGGAUCCGCUGCCAACGGAACAAGAGAUGUCCGAAUUUCGCUCGUAUCUGGACCAUCUAAUGGCAGAUAAGAUGCAGCGUUUGGAAGACAUUACAGUCCUGCGUCGUGAAACGAAGAAACUCAUGGGCUACCUGGAAACGAUUCCGCUGUCCGAUGAGCAGCAACGGCUGCUGAAUGCACGGAAGUUCCCACCGACGCGCGAAAACAUGCACAGGCUGCGUAUGCUGCAUGAGGAAACGGUAGCGCAGUACGAAAGUCUCAAGCAGCACAUCGACGACGUACGGCGUAAGCUGGAGCGAUUAUGGCAUUGUCUCGAAACUGAUCCGGCCGUCGUGAAAAAGUUCGAAAAGCUAACCUCCUACACACAGACCACCUUCGACAAGCUGUUCGCCGAGCACGAUCGGUGUGAAACUUUGAGGCGCGAAAAUAUGAAAGCAUUCGUUGAGAAUACCCGGCACGAAAUCACCGAAUGGUGGGAACGCUGCAUGAAGUCCGCCGAUGAGCGGGCCCGUUUCAGUACGUUCCACUCGCAGGAGUACAACGAAGACACGCUGAAGCUUCACGAGCUCGAGUUGGAAAGCUUGAAGGUGUUCUACAACGAGAACGAACCGAUCUUCCAGAUGGUGCACCAGCGACAGGAGAUGUGGGAUCGGAUGCUGGCGCUCGAGAACAAAUCGAGCGAUCCGACACGGUACAACAACCGCGGUGGAAAGUUGUUAGAGGAGGAAAAGGAACGGCGACGGAUCAGUUGCCAACUGCCGAAGAUCGAAGCAAAGCUACUGGAGGCUUGCAAGCAAUACGAGGAAGAGCAUGGGCGCAAGUUUACAGUGUACGGGACGGAUGUCCAGGAGAUGAUCGAACAGCAGUGGAAGCAGCGAGAAGAAAGCAAGUAUCAAAUCUCGAGCGCCCGAAAAAAAGCGAACGGAAUGCUGGGAAUAUCAUCUGUCGGGCGCACACCAGGACGUGGCGGUGAUUCGAUAAUGAUUAAAUCAUCCUCCAUCAUGGGCAGCAAUCGAUCGCGUCUAGUGGCUGGAGGUUCCGCCAUGAAAGCACCGGUAACACCUUUGUUAGCGAGAUCGGCAACAAAGUCUGGUAACUAUCUUAAACGUAAAUUGGCCACACCGACGAACAAUACCAUGCACGUCAAACGAUCGCUUCUGCGGGAAUUGAACAGUCCGGCUCCCAAUGGUACGUCGGCAAUCAAUCGAACGGGAACAAAACUUGCAAUCGCGAAAACUGCACCGGGGAAAAUACCAGCCAUCAAGGUGUACGAUACCAAGGCAGGAAGAUCAGCUGCACAGAAGCGACGAUCACGUCGAAAAUCGCAGGGUAAACGGCGCAGCGUAUCCAUGGCUAAAGCCCCAUCGUUGACAGUAACCUCGGCCGAUGGUACUAUUCUACAGGAAUCGGUGUGUUACGAAAAGAUUGAGAACUUCUUUGACAACAACGUUCCCAAUCGAUCGUCGGUGGUUCCCGAGAAGCACCAGUCACGGCGCAUCACCCGGCUGCAGCAACAUCGAAUGGUGGAACCGUUGAAACUGCUGCCACCUUCCGACACCAGUUACACCGAAACGGAAGAAAAUGUUGAACCAACAACUUCGGCGCCGCCCUUUGCUGUGGGUGCUCCCGUAAGCUUUUCGCAUUCUCCCGUCGCCUGCUCCACAAUGCCCCUGCGAUCGCCGGGAAUCGGAACUAACCAUUCGAUGUCGAUCGUCAACAACACGCGUGGUGGUUCAAGACGGCUAAAGGCAGCCGCUAAAAAUUGUCCCAUCAUAUUCUAA